ACUUUUCGAAAAGGUGGAGUCAGGUUACAAACUCUCUGGUAACCAAACGCGAAAAGAGGGAGAAGAAAACACUUCAAUUAUUCACACCAGCGGCUCAGACCCAACACAUACCUGUUGGACACAUUUUAUCGGCCAUAUAAGAUAGUUGUACGCCUUAUCCUUGUGUAGGCUGUUUAUUGGCUGUCAUUGUGUUUAGAUGGAGGUUUGACGAACGAAAGUUACUCUUUAGACGCCCAGUAUCCGGUUGAAAUAGGCGAGAGACAUCAUGGACUCGUUCAGCACGAAGAACCUGGCCCUUCAGGCCCAGAAGAAGCUCAUGAGCAAGAUGGCGACCAAAACGAUGGCCAACCUGUUCAUAGACGACACCAGCAGCGAGGUACUGGACGAGCUGUACCGGGUGACCAAAGAGUACACGCGAAACCGCAAGGAGGCCCAGAAGAUCAUCAAGAACCUCAUUAAGAUGGUGGUCAAGCUGGGCGUCCUCUACCGCAACGGCCAGUUCAACAACGAGGAGCUCGCGCUGGUCGAGCGCUUCCGGAAGAAAGUGCACACGCUCGCGAUGACGACCGUUAGCUUCUACCAGAUCGACUUCACCUUCGACCGGCGCGUCAUGAGCAGCUUACUCAACGACUGCCGCGAACUUCUCCACCAGGCCAUUAACCGGCACCUGACGGCCAAAUCCCACGGGCGGAUCAACCACGUCUUCAAUCACUUCUCCGACUGCGACUUUCUCGCGACGUUGUACGGACCUUCGGAAGUGUAUCACGGCCACUUGCAGAAGAUCUGCGAAGGAGUCAACAAGAUGCUGGACGACGGGAAUCUUUGAUGACCGAACCAUCCGAACGUUUUCUUCAAACGGGAAGAUCGUAGUCGCGAAUCGGACGCUAAAUGAAUGUAGGACACGUAAGUUUGAACUUUUUUUUUUUUUGGGACGCGAGGAGUUUACAACGCGAACUCAACGCAAAUCUCGCUCCAGGGUUGAACUCGGAUUCACUGUCAGAGGAAAUCAAGGGCUAUUUACAAACCUUCUGAUUGGAAAUGUUCAUUUCAAGCACUGCAAACACAAAACGCACUGGGGGAAGCGUAUGAAACGUUUCAUCUCUAAUUUUAGGAAAUGAGCCUGAAGCGCUAGCCUCUCGCUUCCCCUAAAUACACACGCUAAAACCCUAAAAGGACUGUUUUGUCUUUGCUUGUCCUGAGCUGUUUGUAAACGAUCACCCCUGUGAUUUCCAAACUUGGUCAUAUAUGCGUGUUUACGUUCAUCUUGUUUGUUUUUCACUCCACACCGCCCCCUGCUGACGGGGGGCCUUUACCAUGAUGCAGUUUCUUACCGAGGAACGAAGAAAUUGUGUUGGGACGUCACUGUAUUACAUGUUUUCAGCAUGUUUAUUUGCUGUUUUAAUGAAGGUUUUAUACAUAUAAAUACAUGCCGGAGCCGUUAUUUUCCUUUUACAUGUCACUUUUUGAUUGUUUUUAAUUUAUAUGAACACUUAAAUCAACAAUUUAAAGCCUUAACGUCCCUGCCGUCAACGAGCUCAAAGCAGUUUUGACCGAUCAAAGGAAUACUUUGGGUAUUAUAUACAAGUUAAGCCCUUGUGGUUUCCA